AUGAAUCAAAGGGUAUAUGAAGAAGUGUGUUGCUAUCAAGUCUUGACAAUUUUCAUAGGUCUUACAAGCGUCAGAAUCGGUGAGCUGCGUAUCAACUCCAGUGCAAAGCUGGCGAGAGGAGCGCGUUCAAGAAGAAGAAUAUCUAGCAACCGCGGCAAUUUUCAGUUGUUACGAAAGUCAGAUUACUUUGCAAAAAUGAAACGCGAACACACUGACGACGAUCGCUAUGGAAAUUCGCGCAACUACAAAAGGCAGCGAGGCGAUGGUUUUUCUGAGGCUUUGGCUCAGGGGAAAUUUGAGCUUCGCGUCUUAGUGAGCAGCAAAUGUGCUGGAGCAAUCAUUGGCAAAGGUGGUGAAAAUAUCAAACGUCUACGUAACCAGUUCGAAGGCCAGAUCUCAGUUCCCGAUUCCAACUCUCCCGAACGGGUUUUGACGCUUGUAUGCCAACCUUCACAGAUUGUACGUGUUGUUGAGGACAUACUGCCACGUAUCGAGGAUACACAAAAUGACAAGGACAAGUGCACUAUCCGUUUGCUUGUUCAUCAGUCUCACGCUGGUGCUUUGAUUGGCCGACAAGGAGGAAAAAUCAAGGAACUUCGUGACAGAACAAAUGCUAGAAUUAAGGUAUUCCAACAAUGCUGCCCGCAGUCAACUGAUCGGAUUUGUAUGCUUUCUGGAGAUGAUCGCAAUGUUCUAGAUGCAGUGGAGCAAAUUGUUGAAGAACUGAAGCAAAUCCCCAUCAAGGGUCCUGUUAAUCCGUAUACCUCUUUCAACUAUGAUCCUGCUAUGGCUCCAGACUACGGCGGCUUUUCUCCAACUUUCCCUACCUCAGGACGCGGUGGUCCCCCUAUCAGCCCAUUCUCAGGAGGUCCUCGACGCUCGCUUGGUGCACCUCUGCCGCCAAUGCGUGGUGGUGGCGGUCUUGGUGGCCCAGAUAUGCGGUACGAUCGCGGUCUAGGAAGAGAUUAUGAUGCUGGACCGUAUGGUGCACCAUUGGGCGGACCUCCUCAGUACGGCGGUGGCGGCGGACUAUACGGUGGUUAUCCUGGACAGAAUGCAAUCCAGACUACUCAGGUCACCAUUCCGUCCGACCUGGGUGGUACGAUAAUUGGACGCGGUGGAGAUCGCAUCAAUAGAAUACGGGACGAAAGCGGAGCUCAAAUUCAGCUGGAACCCUCUACGGGCCAAGAGGAGCGCGUCAUCACCAUUACUGGCACUCAAACUCAGAUUCACGCUGCGCAGUAUCUUCUACAGCAAUGCGUCCGCCAAUCAGCCGCCGGCCGCAAAUAUAUCGAGCAACAACAAGCUGGUCACCAUAGCCACCACCGUUAAAGCGAUGAAAGCGCGGAGGCCGAAAUUUUGAUAGCAAGUGAAUCUUUGUCGUUGUUCGCACUUUACUUCUGUAGACUCUCACUGUAAUAUUUGGUCGUUAACCUUUUCUCGAAAGUUCGGUUUAGGGUUAAUUCAAAUCAAAUGACUGUAGUAUUUCCUUCAUGGUUUGUUCACAAAUUUUUUCUCCACAAUUUUUCAACACGUUAGUUGAUGGUGUGCGGUGUAAGCGAUAUUUUCAAUAUCCAGCUCCACGAUCUCCAUGGUUUUUUGUGACUACUGUACCGUAAUGGUGUAAGCGUCCCGCCCCAUUAAGCUACGAUGUUGA